AUGUCGCUCUGUCUCACCUUCAUCGACUUGAAGAAGGCCUUCGACUCAGCUGAGACCGAAGCGGUCGUGGAUGCCUUGGACAACCAAGGCAUACCCGCUCAGUACAUAAAGAGGGGGGUCCGACAGGGUGAUUCAAUCUCACCCAAAAUAUUCACAACCACCAUCGAGAACGCAAUGCGGAAGUUGGAAUUGGAUGACAUGGGAGUGAAGCAUCAGCUAAGCGGAACGAAUGUUGAUCGAAUUCGACGAAACAUGUGGAUGCAUCGGUCUUCAGCUGAAUCUCCAAAAGACGAUGUUCAUGCGCAACGGAUGGGUCUCAGAUGCUCCAUUCACGCUCAAUGGAGGAACAUGUCCGAAUGCACCAGCUACGUUUAUCUGGAUCGGGAAUUGAACAUGAUGAACGACCUGACCCCCGAACUGGGCAGGAGGAGAGGAGCAUUUUGGGGAGCAUAUAAGAGCAUCGCGAAUGUAGUGAAGAAGACCAGGAACACCCGACUCCGUGCUCACCUCUUUAACACCACCGUACUUACUGCUUUGACCUAUGCUUCAGAAACCUGGGCAUUUCGCAAGCAGGAAGAAAACGCGAUCAUUGUCAUCAACAUGACCUUUGCUGAUCUCGUUAUGUGUUUGUGUUAUAUGCUGACAAGACCAUAUCUGAGUUUAUUUCCUAACAUGGCUUGUAAUCCCUACUACGUUACCAUAUGGACAAUUCAACUUGUCAGCUGCGUUAAUUUGGUGUGGUUGAAUGUCGAUAAGCUGAUUUUCAUCCAGUUCCCUCUACAUUACUAUUCAAUUAUAAAUAGGAAAAAAGUAUUGAUUCUGAUGGCAGCCACAUGGAUUGUUCUUGGAUACAUUUCCUUUACGGUGGAAUCUUUUAUGAGAAUUGCGGCAAGAAUUCUUUGGUUUUCGAUAUUUUCAUAA